GGUAAUACCAUAGUAGCUGUGUUCCACAAUCAAUUUCGAACAACCUCACAUGCGGUGCGAUACUAAAACCGACCGACUCCGUCGUUAGCGUAUAGAUACCCAGUCAUGUCCGCAUACACAGUCCCGUUUGUCAUCAACGGCGAGGAACGCCACGUCAAGGACACCUUCGAGGUAAAGUCACCUGACACAGGAAAAGUAGUGCAUAGAUGUGGUAUUGCAACAGAGGCGGAUGCGUCAGCAGCCAUCGAGGCUGCUGCGAUUGCUGGUCGAACAUGGCGAGAUUCACGUCCGUCUGAGCGCCGAGAUAUAUUCCUCAAGGCGGCAGAGAUAAUGGAAAGGAGGCGAGACGAACUAGCUGAAUAUAUGAAGGACGAAAUUGCCGCACCACGAGGUUGGGCCGACUUCAACAUUAACCUCGUCAUUCAGAUGUAUAAGGAUGUGGCUGGCCGAGUAACCACUUUAGAAGGCACAUCUCCGGCUUGUGCAGAUGUAAAUUCCACGGCACUGGUCCUGAAAGAGCCAUAUGGUGUUGCAUUCGCAAUGGCUCCUUGGAAUGCUCCAUAUAUCUUGGGCACGCGUGCAAUACUCUUCCCUAUUGCGGCUGGCUGUACAGUCGUCAUGAAAGGCACCGAAACGGCCCCUCGGGUGCAGCGGGCCAUCGUGUCUGUCCUCACUGAAGCGGGUCUUCCCAAAGGGGUUUUAAACUACAUAGUAACUGAUCCAGCGCAUGCACCAUCAGUAACAGAGUUCAUCAUCGCACAUCCGGAAAUCAAGAAAAUUAACUUCACCGGGAGCACCAUGGUUGGGAGGAUUAUCGGAAAGCUGGCAGGCCAGUAUCUAAAACCUGUCGUUCUGGAGCUCGGAGGUAAAGCACCGGCUAUCGUGUGGGAGGAUGCAGACUUGGACGUUGCUGCCACACAGUGCAUCGCAGGGGCUUUCUUCUUCUCCGGACAAAUAUGUAUGGCGACGGAGAAGAUCAUCGUGCAUAAGAAGAUCAGCAAAGCAUUCGAAGCGAAGUUGACGGAGAAGGUGGAGCAAAUGCAUCCACCCCAAGGCGAUGCGCUGGUUUUGAUCAACCAGCAAGCAGCUGAGAAGAACAAGAGACUUGUCAAGGAUGCCAUUAGCAAAGGGGCUUCCCUUCUCAACGGAGAUAUCGAAACCGAACAGAGCACGAAGACGAGAAUGCGUCCAGUUUUCGUCAGCAAGGUGACCCCUGAAAUGGACAUAUACAAGCAAGAAUCAUUUGGUCCGUCGGCGAGCCUGAUCGAGGUUGAAACUGAAGAAGAAGCAUUACGAGUGGCCAACGACACCGAGUAUGGUCUCACUUCUUCUAUCUUCACAGAGAACCUAAGAACGGCGUUGCGACUGGCCAAGGGCAUCGAGACUGGUGCGGUACAUAUCAACAGUAUGACUAUCCAUGACGAAGCGGGAUUGCCUCAUGGAGGAGCCAAGUCGAGUGGAUAUGGCCGAUUCAAUGCCCUGACUGGGUUGGAGGAAUGGGUUCGAUCGAAGACAAUCACCUGGAAAAAUUAAUGAGAUAGACA